CACUAGCAAGCCUGCCGUGAAAGCGCGCGCGCCAAGCGCUGCUGGUACGCAGGCUGCAGACUGUGCAAAGGACCAAUAAAUCUCUCGCUCGCGCUGCGCGCACGCAUAGCACAAAUCGAUGCCGCCCUCCACGGCGACGCAUGUGAUCGAUGCCGUCGAGCGUCGCGUCGCGGCCGCGGUCGCCGUCGCCGGCGGCGGCGCAGCGCUCGCCACAGUGCUCCUACGUCUACUCCUCUGGCAACCCCUCAACAUAGCUCAAGCGCUGUGCGUGGGCCUGGCCGUCGCGGCGUCAUUAGCGGCCUCGAUGCUGCUCGCCGGGCCCGUGGCCUUCGCGGCGCGCGAGCCGGCGCGGCGCGCAGCAUUCUCAAUGCUAGGCCGCGCGGCGGCGGGCGGCGCGGCGGGCGCGAUCAUGGGACGGGGCGUCGCCGGUGAAUUGCUGGGAGGCGCCGUCGCGGGUCUCAGUGAUGCGGUGGCCCGGGGCUGCAUGACCCUCGGCACGCGGCCGGACCGCCGCAUGGUUUCUGAUGUAUUGAUAGCUUCGUUCAUCGCUGCUUUACGGUCGGCGUGCGGCGCAUCCCUCAUAGCGCGGGCCUACGGCGACGAAUCGAGAUAUGUUGAGCUGUGGAUAAGGAGCGCAUUAAGUGCCCUGGCGACGCACCUCCUCUGCGAUAUUUCAAGAAGGUGGCUCGCCUACGCGUGCCGCCAGCCCAUUGAUAUGAGAAGCAUUGCCGAGCGCGUGCCCGAUAGACGGUUCCAGCCGAAGACGGAGUGGUCAGUAGCGCUGGCCGUCGAGGCAUCAGAAUUAGGCGACCCCAUCACGGCAAAGACGAAGCGAAUCAAUGCAACAAAAAAACGGAGCGGCUUCGUCGCGCGGUCGUCAGCAGACCCCUUCGCGGCCGCGUCGAGUCAGACGCAGCCCUGGCGCGUGCGCAUUGAUAUGCGGCGGCAGGCGUUGCAGGCGGCCGUCACCCAGGCCUUCGCCAAGGAGACGUCCGUGGACUUUCGAAGUGCGUGGCUCGCGCCCUUUUCAGCGCUCGACCUCGCGUCGGGCGGGUUAAUUCUGGGCGACGCGGCGCUGGACGCGUCGCAUCGGCUGGCGAAGUGGCUUUCAUUAAGGGCGUUGGGGGACGGGUUGUUGGAGGUUGCGGACGAUUCUGCGAGGGACCGGGCGCUGGACGUCGCGCUGCUCGUGUUGGACGGCCUCACGGUACGUGUAGAUUUAGCCACGAACCACGUGGAACGGGACGCGCUGGGUACUGUUAGGGAAGACACGCUGGCCUGUGCGAUCCGGAAGGGGCGCGCGACCCCGAAAGACCGGUCCUCGCUGCCGGCGUGGCUCCUCGAUCUCAUUGAUCCGCGGCCGCAGCCGCGCGUCGGCAAUCUGAUGGUGUCGGCGGCCGAGUGUUCGGCCUGCGCGGCGGCCGCUCGUAUCGUGGCCACGUGCUCUUCCUUCAAGAGGGACGGCGCGGCGCGCGCGGCGGCAUGCCUGAACUCGCUCGCCGGCGCGCAGCGGGCGCUGGGCGGCGUGCCGCCGUCUCCAGAUAGAGACGCGCUCAUGCUCGACGUGGCGCACGCGACCGAUUCGUUGUGCGCGGCGUUCCGCUCUGAUUUAUCUCGCUUCGCGUUCGCGCCGGAGUACGCGUCGACGCUGCGGCGGCACGCGGAUGCGGCGGCGUAUAACUAUAACUAGCCCAU